AUGUCUAGAACGUCUUCCGGGUCUGACAAAUGCUCUAUCUCUGACGAUGACUCGGAGUAUAACUAUAUUCCGGGUAAUUAUUCGCUCAUUGAAACGGAGAUUAUGCAAGCUUCAGAAAGUGACGAUGGCGAUGUAGAACAGUCUGAACAGACGAGCUUUGCUGAUGUGGAACCGUACUCAAGCGAGCCUAUAGCGGAUGAAGAAUGGGUUGAAGAGUACAGACAACGACAAGCAGAAAAAGAACAAAAGCUUGCAAGUUUGAAAGAUCGUUUAGCUGGAAAAGAAAGCCUUAGUAACUGGUAAGUCCGAAACAAAACUAACAUGUAUUUUUAACGUUUUAAAUUCAAUGCCAAUAUUAUAAAUCAUUAUGUAUAAAUCGCUGACCCAUUGUUAUCACAUUUUAGGUGCUCUUGUGGUAAAUGCUCAACAACCCUAUAUUACAAAAUCCCAAUGAGUGCUUAUGUUGUCAAGACAUAG